AGGGUUGUUUGUUUCUCUUUGAUAAAGAAGCCCUGGCUUGCUCUGGCUUUUACUCUCUCUAGGGUUAGACGGAACAACCCUCCCACACCCCCCUCAGCAAUUUAGAGUGAUUGGUAAACAUACCCAGUCCUCGCAGCAACAAAAAUGAUAAAAUUCGUUCUGGACUGCCUCCUGCUUCUGCCUUUACUGCUCGUCUUCAUCUUAGAAUCUCUCCUGAAGUCUUUUAUUCCUAAGAAGAGGAAGUCAGUCACUGGAGAAGUCGUCCUGAUUACGGGAGCUGGGCAUGGAAUCGGGAGACUGACGGCCUAUGAAUUUGCCAAACUUAAAAGCAAACUGGUUCUGUGGGAUAUAAAUAAGCAUGGAAUUGAGGAAACAGCUGCUGAAUGCAGGAAAAUGGGUGCACAAGCGCAUGCCUUUGUGGUAGACUGCAGCAACCGGGAAGAUAUUUACAGUUCGGCAAAGAAGGUGAAGACAGAAGUUGGAGAUGUUAGCAUUCUGGUAAAUAAUGCUGGUGUGGUCUAUACAUCAGAUUUGUUUGCUACACAAGACCCUCAGAUUGAAAAGACUUUUGAAGUUAAUGUACUUGCACAUUUCUGGACCACCAAGGCAUUUCUUCCAGCGAUGAUGAGGAAUAAUCAUGGCCAUAUUGUCACUGUGGCCUCAGCAGCUGGGCAUACUACAGUUCCCUUUUUGAUGGCUUACUGUUCCAGCAAGUUUGCUGCUGUGGGAUUUCACAGAGCUUUGACUGAUGAACUGGUGGCCUUAGGAAGAACUGGAGUCAAAACAUCAUGUCUCUGCCCUAAUUUCAUAAACACUGGCUUCAUCAAAAACCCAAGUACCAGUUUGGGACCCACCCUGGAACCUGAGGAAGUGGUGAGCAAGCUGAUGAAGGGAGUCCUGACAAACCAGAAAAUGAUUUUUGUUCCAUCUUCUAUAAGCGCUAUAACAGUGGUGGAAAGAGACUCAAGGUUUGUGCUCUGGAGUUAGGCGAAGCUGUGUUUGUGUGACUUGCUUACAACGUGAACAUGAACUUUUUUGAAGCUCAGUUUCUUCAUCUGUCACAUGGAGGCAACAAUAAGACUUAUCGGGUUAUGAGGAAUAAAUAAAAUAAAGCAUUUAAAGUAUUAAGUACCAUGUAAUACUCAAUAAAUGUUACCUAUCAUUGUUACUUUUAUAAUUACCACUAUUACCAUUGCCUGAUUUUCCUCUGACCAUGAGUGUUCAGUGCUCAAUUUCCAAACUGUAUUUGAAUGCCAUCCAGGCAGAUGUCUGUAUAUAGUUUUACUGACUUACAUAGUCUCUUUAGUUUCUCUCAGACUCAUUGGAAUAUGACCUGUUCCUCAAUAUUUUUAACUGUAGAGUGGGGAGAAAAAAAUUAGACCUACUGGAUGUCUAUCACUGUGUGUAAGGCAUCUUAUAUUAACACAUUGAAUCUUCAAAUAAUACUGUGGGGUAGGUGUUAAUUUUUUCCAUUUACGUGUGAGGAAUUUAAACUCAAAAGUUAAAUAACUUGUUCAGCAUUAUACUGAAAACCAAGUGUAUUGUCUGCAUUUUAUUGAGCAGUUCUGAUUCCCCAGUCUCUUAGUGGGCCAUUUUGAUAAUAUACUGGAUUGUAAAGUAUAAAAUUAGUUCCUAUUCUCACUUCUUUUCUAAUGUCAGGUGUGUUGUUUUUUUUUAAUAAAGCCUUUAGCAUCUCAACUAUUCAGUUCUAUACACCUCUCACAGAUCUUUUGAAAAAUAU